GAAAACUCUCGACAUAUUCAAGAAUACUACAAUGUCAUUCGAGAACCAUAACUCUAAAGUGACUUAUUCCGAAGGAAAAUGAAAGCGCUAUUAAUUUUAGAUUUUAUUUUGGUUUUAUCUGCCCAUGAGCCUGAACACCCAACCGGUCAUCUGAAACCUUUAGGUUCUCAUCAGCCUCCUGUAGGCGUAUUGGAUAGCACUGACUUUGUUCCAUCGUCUCGGGAAUUCUUUGAUCAAAAUGUUCUUCCGGGAAAACCUGUGCUCUUUAAGGGAGCAGCGAAGAAAAUGCCUGCUUUUUCAAAGUGGACGGAUGAAUAUUUAAGUGAAAAAUUUGGACAAGAGGGCAUUGAUGUUGAAGAAGGUAAAAAAGAAAACAGAUCACUGGCAACAUUUCAUUUCAAGUUGCAAGACUUUAUCAGUCGUUACAAGGAUGAAGAUAUUUACUUGGUGGAAACUCUUCCAGCUAAGAUGAGAGAGGAAUAUGCACUUUUGAAGAGUUUAAGUUGUGGAGGCUACACAAAUGUGCUUCAAGAUGCUGUUGUCUGGUUCAGCAGCGGUGGUACUAAAUCCGUUCUCCAUUAUGAUUCUGUGGAUAACAUCAACUGCCUCUUUGAUGGAACAAAAGAACUGGUCAUGAUUAACAAGUCUCAUCUUGAGCAAGCACAUAUUGACAAGGUCCAUGGGGCAUUUUCCACUGUUGACGUAGAUCAAGUUGACAUGUACAAAUUCCCAGGAUUACAGACAAUCCCUUAUUUUAAGGCUGUCAUGGAACCAGGAGAUUGUUUUUUUAUCCCUGCAAGAUGGGUUCAUCAAGUGCGCUCCUAUGGAAAGCGAAACCUUGCUGUGAAUAUUUGGUGGGCCCAUUUUGAAAAGUUUAACCAGUCAGAUUGUGAUUACAGUCCCUACAAAGACAAAGAGUUGAUUCCUCUUCAUCACUUUGAGUUCCAUCCACAAGAAGCCCUCAGGCAUUCAACUUUGCAAAACAUUGGAGAAAUACCAGUAACCUUGGAGCGUUAUUUAGAACUAAUUCAGGAGGAUGCUAAAGAACUUGGGGAUGAAGUAUCAAUUCUACCAAGAGAGACACUAGAGCAGAAUUUUCACGAAAUGGACUCGAAUAAGGAUGGUGAAGUAUCCCCCGAGGAGAUUUAUGAUAUCAAAUAUGACGACAUUGGGCGGCUGUUGACAUACAUUGACGAUUACCAGGAGGAGGAUUCGGAAGAUGAUAGUGCUGAUGGAACAAAGGAACACGAAUCUCAGUCUGAGGAUAAUAACAAUCAGGAAAUGUCUGAUACUGAAAGUCAAAAGGAUCGCCAGCAUACGGAACUCUAAGUCAUUGAAUUUAUUUAUUUUACCCAUCCUCUCCUCGUUUUUUUCAAGGAAUGUUCGCUACUCAGCCAGUCGCCCCGGCAGCCAGGAGUGCUACGUGACAUCGACGAGAACAACCAAUACUCGCCAGCUAAUUACUUCUUUUGAAAGGUAUCCUCUAAAUCAAAACAAUUUAUAAUUCAAGUCUGGCAAAUAAUUAAAUUAAAUUAUCAUAAAAGUAGACUAAAAUUUUAAAUUAGUUAAUGUUAUUUCAUUGAAAAAAUAUGCCUAUUUACUUUUCUAAUCAUAUAAAGUAAAAAUGGAUUUAAAUAUUUAAAGUUAGCAUAUACUUUUUUCUACCCAGAGGCCAACUUCUUGCGUGAAAGAGUUUGUUGUAAUUUAUUUGUUUUAGGGUGGGACAAAUUUUAAAACAGUCGCUCUGAGCUUUGUAAAAACGUUAC